AUAAUUUUAUAAAAAUCUUUUCUUUUUCUCUGUUCGUGAAAGACAAGACGAUCCUUCAUUUUUCCUUUCCUUCUAGACGGCGGCACUGCUCGAACUCAGCCGAGGACCGAGUCGACUCACCAUUUUCAAAGGGUUUUUUGAUUCGAUAGCUAAAAUGCAGAAGCUGAAAGCUUUGGGACAUGUCCGGACUUGCUUCUCUCAGAGUCUGCGCUCUCUUUCCCAUCAGAGACCCUUUUCUGCUCAACCGAACUAUGCCCAAGAAGACGACACUCUUCAAAACCAGGUUUUGGUUGAAGGAAGAGCUACUUCAAGAACAGCUAUACUCAAUAAGCCAUCUUCACUCAAUGCCCUUGAUACAGCUAUGGCAGCUAGGCUAAAGAGACUGUAUGAAUCAUGGGAAGAAAACCCAGAUAUUGGUUUUGUCUUGAUGAAGGGUAGUGGCAAGGCUUUUUGCUCUGGAGGAGAUGUUGUUUCACUGUAUCAUUCACUCAAUGAAGGGAAUGUUGACGAGUGUAAAAUGUUUUUCGAGUCACUAUACAAAUUUGUUUAUCUUCAGGGGACAUAUUUAAAGCCACAUGUUGCUAUCUUGAAUGGUAUUACUAUGGGAGCUGGAGCUGGAAUUUCAUUCCCAGGAAUGUUCCGUUUGGUGACUAAUAAAACUGUCUUUUCUCAUCCUGAAGCUCAAAUGGGCUUUCAUCCUGAUGCCGGGGCUUCAUUUUAUCUCUCUCGCCUGCCUGGCUACUUAGGAGAAUACUUGGCUCUUACAGGAGACAAACUUAAUGGCGAAGAGAUGAUUGCCUGUCGCCUUGCUACACACUACACGUUAGAUGAGAGGCUAAGUUGGAUCGAAGAACGCCUGAGUAAAUUGAUUACAGAUGAUCCCUCUGCUAUAGAAACAUCUCUGGCACAAUAUGGUGACAUUGUAUAUCCAAACAAGAGGAGCAUUCUCUUUAAAAUUGACACCAUCGAUAGAUGUUUUGGCCAUGACUCAGUAGAGGAAAUUAUCGACGCUUUGGAGAACGAAGCUUCUGUUGCCAACGAUGAAUGGUGCAAAAUGGUUCUCAAGAAAAUGAGAGUAGCUUCUCCUCUUUCCUUGAAAGUUACGCUUAAAUCCAUUCGCGAAGGUCGGUUUCAAAGUCUUGCUCAAUGUUUGGUUCGCGAGUACCGAAUAUCUCUUGCUAAGAUUUCCAAAGAGGUCUCCAAUGAUUUCUGUGAGGGUGUUCGGGCAAGGUUAGUGGAUAAGGACUUUGCUCCAAAGUGGGAGCAUCCAAGUUUAAAAGAUGUGUCAGAAGACAUGGUGGACCGUCAUUUCUCACCACUUCCUGAAGUUGAGUCUGAACUUGAGCUACCCACUGCAUUGCGAGAACCAUACAUGUGAGACCGACGAGAACCAAAGAUUAUUGAACUUGGAAACGCAAAGCAGAAGCGCGGUUACUAAGCCGGACCCAGGUAAGAUCAAAAGGAUUGAGUGCAUUUUUGCUAUGCAAAGGCCAACUGUUGGCGAAAUUAGAAGUCAUUAGUUUCUCUUUCAAGUGAUUUUUAACAACUUUUUUCAAUAUACAAGUUCAAUUUCUUGACAAUUUAUAACUUUUAUAUGUAACAAUUUACAUUUAAUAUAAAGAUGUAAUAAAAUUUUGCUGGGGAAAA